CACAAUUCUCGUGAAGUGAAGGUUGACGAAAUGGCGAUAAGAAUGAGACUAGCUGCUAAAGAUGUUUUACUUCAAACGACAAGGAUUCGCUCAUCUAUAGAUUCUUGCACGUGUUCUUUUAAUACAAAUUUUUAUGGAAAAAAAUUAUUUAGGUACGAUUCUAAACUGAGUGCACUUAGAAGGUGUUUUUCCAUAUUAUCGUCCCUAAAUUGCAGUGACCCGAAUGUUGUUUAUAGCAGAAGAGAGACUUUAACUCAUUUUGGGUUUGAAGACGUUACAGAGUCUGAAAAGAAGCAAAAAGUUUAUGAUGUGUUUGCAAAUGUAGCAGAGUCUUAUGACCUGAUGAAUGACGUCAUGAGUGGUGGUUUGCACCGACUUUGGAAAGAUUAUUUUGUUAGAAAAUGUAACCCUCUGCCUGGAAAGCGACUACUUGAUGUUGCAGGUGGAACAGGGGAUAUUGCAUUCCGCUACCUAGAUGGUGUUUUAUCAAGACUGAAAAAGGAAGACGUAGAUUUAACGUCACUGUCAAAAGACAUUGUUGUUUGUGACAUAAACAAAUCAAUGUUAGAAGUUGGUAGACGAAGAGCACAGCUACUGGGAAUUGAAAAAGCUCUCAGUUUUGCUGUUGCUGACGCAGAAAAACUGCCAUUUGAAGAUGACGCAUUUGAUCUAUAUACGAUUGCUUUUGGCAUAAGGAAUGUUACCCAUAUAGACAAAGUUCUUGAAGAAGCUCAUCGUGUUUUGCGUCCUGGUGGUAGCUUCAUGUGUUUAGAAUUUUCAGAUGUAUCAAAUCCGUUUAUCAAAAGCAUUUACGAUAGCUACUCAUUCCAAAUCAUCCCUGUUAUGGGUCAAGUGAUAGCCCAAGAUUGGAAUUCGUACAAAUAUCUCGUAGAGAGCAUAAGACAGUUUCCUGAUCAGGACACCUUUUCAUCGAUGGUCGAGGAUGCAGGAUUUUCAAGUGUAACAUACGAAAACCUGCUUUUUGGAGUUGUUUCAAUACAUCGUGGUUUUAAGAUAUAAAACGAAUUGGACAUUCUUUUUUAUACAAAGAGGGACCGGCUACAAGGAAGGCUGAGUUGAAAAAUAAUCAUCAGCGUUGUUAAGACGACACCAGGAAAGAAUUAAGACUUUCAUAAUCUAAAAUAUGUAUUUGUUGCUCUUGUGGCUAAAUGUAUCUGGAGUUUCUAUUUGAAUACAGUUUGUUGU